AAUCUCUCUAUGGUUGAUAGGUAAAGAAGUCUGCUAUGAUAGACUUGGAUGCUUCUCAGAUAAGCUGCCAUGGUCCGGAAGCCUUCAGAGACCAAAGAUACCACUGCCAUGGACACCAGAAACAAUUAACACCCGCUUCUUCCUCCUGACAAGGGAAAACCCCAAGAAGCACCAGGAAAUCUCUGCGAAGAAUAUUUCACACGUUAAAGCUUCAUUAUUCCAGACGGCUAGAAGGACAUGUUUCAUAAUACACGGGCUGGGCGACAGUGCGGAGAAUAACUGGGUGCCGCUCUUGUGCCGGGAGAUUCUAUGGGCAGAAGACGUGAACUGUAUCGGCGUGGACUGGCAUCACGGCUCCGGGAAUUUGCUGAUAUACCCACAGGCCACAAGCAACGUCCAGGUUGUAGGAGCUGAGAUUGCCGACGUGCUCAGAAGAUGGCAGGAAGAGCUGGAAUACUCUCCAUCCAACAUUCACUUAAUUGGGCAUAGCCUAGGAGCUCAUGUAGCCGGAGAAGCUGGAAAGAGACACCGUGGAAUUAGGAGAAUCACAGGCCUGGACCCAGCCCGGCUAUACUUUGAGAACACUCCUGAUGAAGUUUCCCUCGAUGUAUCUGACGCUGAUUUUGUUGAUGUGAUUCAUACGGACACUGAGCCACUUGUUGGUCUCGGUAUAGUAAAGCCAGUUGGACACUUUGAUUUCUAUCCAAAUGGAGGAAGACAAAUGACUGGAUGUCCCAACAAGUUCAGCUUCUCUAUUAACAUGGACAUGAAUGCAAUAAUUGAAACAAUAGCAUGUAAUCACCUCCGGGCGUUCCAGUACUACGCAGAGAGCAUCAGAAAUCCUCGCGGCUUCCAUAGCUAUCCCUGUCCCAGCUAUGACAUGUUUAUAAGAGGUACCUGUUUUCCUUGCCCAUCUGGUGGAUGCCCUUCCAUGGGGUAUUAUUCAGAAUCAUCAUCCGGCCUCACUGAAGAGCAUCAGACUUUCUAUUUAAACACUGGAGGGAUUCUCGACCAUUUCUCAAGUUAUAGGUAUAAAAUCUAUCUUUCUUUAACUGGAAAAAGAAUCAUUUCUGGGCAAAUUACCAUAUCCUUGUUUGGUAAUGGAGUCUUUACCACAGAGUAUGAGGUUAUACAAGGCACUUUCUUACCUGGUACAACAUACUUUGGAUUCAUUGAUUCUGAUCUUCCGAUGGAUGGCAUUAGUUCUGUGACUUUCCGCUGGACUCAGCCUUCGCUAUUGUUAAACUAUUGUUAUUUCCAUUUGGGGGCAGAGAAAAUAUAUAUACAGUCAGGAGAAGAUGGAACUAUGUAA